AUGCCUGUUGCCGUACUGAAUUCACAUCAAAACCAUCAGAAAAUGAAGCCUAUUAAAUGGGCAAACCAGCGCGUGCGUACUACUACUACUAAACAGCCUCGAGUACAUAAGCGAACCGUCUCCAGCGCGUCGAGCUGGUCUAACCAUACACGCACCUCUACUGCUGGAUCAUCAUCCUCAGCAUCCUCAUCCUCAACUUUCUCUUCUCUUGGCUCUCUUGGCUCUGUAGAUCCCAACGAAGCCCAGACACAGAAAUCCCAACCUGUCAGUGAAAUCGAUCGAUUGGUAACCGAACUUGCCUAUGCCUACGACUCGGUAGCAACCAUCACAGUUCACUUUGACAGCCUUCGACAUGCCUAUGCGUGCUCAAAGUCGGAAAUCGACAGAUCGACACGAGCAACACGGCUGUGUGAUAUGGAGAAAGAGCUCUUGACGGCCUAUGAUGACCUUGGGCUUCAAGUGGUUCACCUCGAACGAAAGAUUGUCAAACUUGAAACACGUCUCACGACCCUUCGCCUCCAGGAGCGACAAAAAGAUCCAAAGCUGGACCAAACCCAAACCCAAACCCAAUCCCAAACUCAAACUCAAAACCAUAGCAACAGCAAUAGCAAUAACCAUAGCAACAGCCAUAGCCAAGACCAUGAUAUGCUAAUCAAGCAAGAGCAAUCUCCAAUCGGUUCUGCAAUGAUCUUUUAUUCACCUUGUCCUUCCCAGUCUUUGGGAAUUGAAGUCAAAGGUGAAUAUGAUACAGACGAAAACGAAAACGAAAACACAAAAAACAACUACAAUUAUAACUAUGGUUACGACUACGAAGACAAAAAUCUGAGAAACUGGGCAUCCAGACCAGACCAGCAUCAUCAUCAACAACAACAACAACAACAGCAGCAGCAACAAGUAGCUAUUGGUUCUCCAAUUUUUUAUGAAGACAGCCCUUACCUCCUUGUGAAUGAACAAUGUGGUGUGGUUGUGCCUCGUGUGGAAAAUGGUUGUAUGACCCCUGAGUACGCCUAUCAGCACCAGGACGGAAUGACUUUUAACGAUGCACCUUGUUACGCCAUCUCUACUCAGGAUUCCACCUUGCCUUACGCUCCAAUCUACUAUGAAAACGCUCUUGCCAGCCCUAUCUCUCCAACCUUUCCAACCUUUCCUAUGACAGUUGUCUAUCCUACCUGGUCAUCUUCACCUAGGGCUGGCUUGACCUAA